AUGGCAGCGUAUCUUCUACUUGCUUUGGCUCCAACAGCCCUGGGCCUUGAGGCACCAGGAGGCAUUGGUCGUCUGCCUGCUAUGGGAUGGAACUCAUGGAAUGCCUAUCACUGCGACAUUGACGAAAGCAAGUUCCUGACAGCCGCGAAGGCGAUGGUCUCGAUGGGUUUCUACGAUCUCGGGUACCAGUACGUCAACAUCGACGACUGCUGGCAGAUCAAAGACCGCCGCGACAACGUGACUGGCAAACUCAUCCCCGACACGUCCAAGUUCUCCGACGGCAUCAGCGGUCUCGCCAACACCGUGCACGACAUGGGCUUGAAGAUUGGCAUCUACAGCUCAGCCGGCACAUUGACCUGCGCCGGCUACGAAGCCUCCAUCGACCACGAGGAAAUCGACGCCGCGACCUUUGCAGAAUGGGGUAUCGACUUUUUGAAGUAUGAUAACUGCAACAUUCCCAGCAACUGGACGGACGAGUGUAGCGCUUGCACGCCGGAUAAUAGCGAUUCGAGCUUGUAUGUCAACGGGACGUGCAAGGAUACCACCGGACAGUGCCCUCAGGGGUACGACUAUAGCAAGUCUUUGACUUUUGAGCGAUAUAAGAAGAUGGGUGAUGCUCUUGCUAAGCAGAACCGGACUAUCUUGUACAAUCUUUGUGAAUGGGGCACGGCGGAGGUGUGGACUUGGGGGGCGCAGGUUGCUCAGGCUUGGAGAUCAACAGGUGAUAUCAGCCCCGACUGGUCUCGCAUCAUCCAGAUCAUCAACGAAAACUCCUUCUACAACAACUACGCCGACUUCUACGCCCACAACGACCCCGACAUGCUCGAAGUCGGCAACGGCAACCUCACCGAGGCCGAAUCACGCACCCACUUCGCCAUAUGGGCGAUCGAAAAGGCCCCUCUCAUCAUGGGCACAGACCUUACAAACCUAAGCCAAACCAACAUCGACAUCCUCCAGAACAAGCACCUCAUCGCCUUCAACCAAGAUCCCGUCGUUUCCAGCCCCGCCCAGCCCUACAAAGGCGGCGUCAACCCCCUCUGGACCUUCAACGCCACCAACCCAGCGGAGUACUGGUCCGGCGAGAGUAGCAAAGGCACCAUCGUCGCGAUGAUGAACACGUUGGGCUCCACGAGGACGAUGCGGGCGAACUGGGCGGAGGUUCCGAGUUUGAAGGGGAAUGGGAGGUAUAGAGUUAGGGACGUCUGGACGGAGAGGGAUUUGGGCUGUGUGAGUGGUGGUGUGAGUCGGGAGGUGGAGAGUCAUGAUACAGCGGUUUUGCUGGUGACGGGCGGUUGUGGGGGACAGAUUGGGCAUGGAUGGGGUUGGGGUCAUGGUUGGGGUUGGGGGUGGAAGCAUGGUGGGUGGUAG